CUUCGAGAGGCACUGCAGUGAAAGCUGCCUUUGUGUUGACAUUUUCAGGAUCAAGAGUGUUUGAAUGGAUAUUACGAGGUGCACGGAGAAAUGGGAGAGGCCUCCAACGUCCUCCAUGAUGUUGUCCAGUAAGAAGUCAGACGCUGGCUCCUCUUCCUCCACCUCCUCAUCCACUACCGGCGCCGCUGGGGCGGAACGGGCCUCUGGGUCAGACGCCCAGUCUGGGCCGUCGGCCACUGUUCCCGGACCCGCGGACGUCAAGAAAAAGGAAAGGGCUUCCCCAAGCGGGGAGCCGGGGGGGCCCCCCCUGCCCCACCAAGCAGGUCCAGGAGCGGCGGAGCAGGACGCCGCGGAAGUCCGCAGGACGAGCCGUCGCAAGCGAGCAAAAGGCAAAGAUUGGAAAGUUUACCAUUAUUUCAAUUACCAGGUGGAGUACCGCGAGAUGGACGAGAGCCUGGCCAAUCUGUCUGAGGACGAAUAUUACUCUGAGGAGGAGCGCAAUGCCAAGGCAGAGAAGGAGAGGAAGCAGGUGGUGCCGCCGCCCGCACCCCCGCCGGAGGAGGAGAAUGACAGCGAGCCUGAAGAGCCCUCAGGUGUGGAGGGAGCCGCCUUCCAGAGCCGCCUCCCCCACGACCGCAUGACGUCGCAGGAGGCCGCCUGCUUCCCCGACAUCAUCAGCGGGCCCCAGCAGACCCAGAAGGUCUUCCUGUUCAUCCGGAACCGCACGCUUCAACUGUGGCUAGACAACCCUAAGGUGCAGCUGACGUUUGAGGCCACCGUGCAACAGCUUGAAGCUCCGUACAAUAGUGAUACUAUACUGGUCCACAGAAUACACAGCUACCUAGAGAGGCAUGGUCUUGUCAACUUUGGCAUUUACAAGAGGGUCAAGCCGUUACCCACUAAGAAGACAGGAAAGGUCAUCAUCAUCGGAGGGGGCGUGUCGGGUCUCGCUGCGGCCAGGCAGCUGCAGAGCUUUGGGAUGGACGUGACCGUUCUGGAAGCCAGGGAUCGUGUUGGCGGCAGAGUGGCCACGUUUAGGAAAGGCAACUAUGUGGCAGAUCUAGGAGCUAUGGUAGUGACCGGACUGGGAGGAAACCCCAUGGCUGUAAUAAGUAAGCAGGUCAACAUGGAGUUGGCCAAAAUUAAACAGAAGUGUCCUCUCUAUGAAGCCAACGGCCAGGCCGGGGAACGAUGCACGAGUGUGCCCAAGGAGAAGGACGAGAUGGUGGAGCAGGAGUUCAACAGGCUCCUGGAGGCAACCUCCUACCUCAGCCACCAGCUGGACUUCAACUUCCUCAACAACAAGCCUGUGUCCCUGGGACAGGCCCUGGAGGUGGUCAUCCAGCUGCAGGAAAAACACGUAAAGGACGAGCAGAUUGAACACUGGAAGAAGAUUGUCAAAACCCAGGAGGAUCUGAAGGAGCUGCUAAACAAGAUGGUGAACACCAAGGAGCGCGUGAAGGAGCUCCACCAGCAGUACAAGGAGGCCAGCGAGGUGAAGCCGCCCAGGGACAUCACGGCAGAGUUCCUGGUCAAGAGCAAGCACCGGGACCUGACCGCGCUCUGCAAAGAGUACGACGAGCUGGUGGAGCUACAGGUGAAACUUGAAGAAAAACUACAGGAGCUGGAGGCGAAUCCACCCAGCGAUGUUUACUUGUCCUCGAGAGACAGACAGAUCUUAGACUGGCACUUUGCCAACCUGGAGUUUGCCAACGCCACGCCUCUGUCCACCUUGUCUCUCAAACACUGGGAUCAGGACGAUGACUUUGAGUUCACUGGCAGCCACCUGACGGUGAGAAACGGUUACAGCUGUGUGCCCGUGGCCCUGGCCGAGGGCUUGGACAUCAAGCUCAACACCGCAGUCAAACAAGUCCGAUACACGGCCUCCGGCUGUGAGGUGAUCGCGGUCAACACCCGCUCCACCAGCCAGACCUUCAUCUACAAGUGCGACGCCGUGCUGUGCACCUUGCCGCUGGGCGUGAUGAAGCAGCAGCCGCCCGCCGUGCAGUUCAUGCCCUCGCUGCCCGAGUGGAAGACCGCCGCCAUCCAGCGAAUGGGCUUCGGUAACCUCAACAAGGUGGUGCUGUGUUUCGACCGCGUCUUCUGGGACCCCAGUGUGAACCUGUUUGGUCACGUGGGCUCCACCACUGCCAGCCGCGGGGAAUUGUUCCUCUUCUGGAACCUCUACAAAGCUCCCAUCCUGCUGGCCCUGAUGGCGGGAGAGGCAGCCGGCAUCAUGGAGAACAUCAGCGACGACGUCAUCGUGGGCCGCUGCCUGGCCAUCCUGAAGGGGAUCUUCGGCAGCAGCGCCGUGCCUCAGCCUAAGGAGACGGUGGUGACGCGUUGGCGUGCCGACCCCUGGGCGCGGGGGUCCUACUCGUACGUCGCUGCGGGCUCUUCCGGAAACGACUAUGACCUCAUGGCUCAGCCCAUCACGCCCGGACCCGCCAUCCCAGGAGCCUCGCAGCCCGUCCCGAGGCUGUUCUUCGCAGGGGAGCACACCAUCAGGAACUACCCGGCCACCGUGCACGGAGCCCUGCUCAGCGGGCUGCGGGAGGCGGGCCGCAUCGCCGACCAGUUCCUGGGGGCCAUGUACACCCUGCCCCGGCAGACCACCGCCCCGGCCGCCAGCAACCCCCCCCAGGCCCUGCCCGCCGCCGCCGCCGUCUAGACCCGGACACACACUGACACACACACUCAUGGACGGUCGGCGCCGACACGCAUACACACACUCCCCCCCCCCGCAGUGGACUCCCGACGAUGACGACUCCUGCCACUACUCCGAUUAAGUCUCCCCCCCCCCCCCCCCCUCUUUUUCUGUCUGUCUGAGGAAAAAAAAAACAAUGGAGACGAGUUGUCUCUGCUCUGUCUGCAUCGAUCCCCAGUCAGACUUUGUUAUACAUUUCAAGGCUUUGUCGCGCACACGCACAUACGCCCACACACGCAUACACCCACCCAACAAGAUCCAAUAGAAAUGUGAAGUCAACCACAGGCCAGUCCUGUGGUUUGGGGAGUGUAUGGAUACACAUACGUUCCUCCUUGUCAGAGUACAACGCUGCCAUACCUUCCAUAAAACAGUUUGGCUCGGCCAUCACAACACGUGUGUAUUAUAAUACGUCAGUAGCAUUAUGGACCUGGGAUUUAGGAGUAAUGCUCAGAAAAAGUACAAGUAUUUUUUGUUUAGUUAUUCAGCUGUCCUAGUUUGGGGUAUAGUUAGAAAAGAGGAUAUAUUUAUACCUUAUCGAUGGUUCUAUGUAUAUAUAUAUAUCUACACAUUGGUAUGGAAGUCGAAGAUAAGGCAGUAUCACUCCAUUGGAAUGUAUUUUCGGUUCAAUGUGAUGUAAAGGGCAUUUUCCUGGUUUAACUUGUCGCUGAAUAACAUUGCUAAGAGAAUGGUAGAUAUGUGGUGCCCAAAAACUAAAUAUUCCAUGUAGAAUGGGUAGUAUAGGGAGAAAAUAAAAAUAGAAAAAGAUUUUGUGAAUGUUUUUGUUACAAGUUUUAAAUGUCGUCACCAUACACUUUUUUAUACAUUGUUUUUUUUUGUUAAUAAAAGAAUUGCAUCUCAA